GAAACGUCCUUGUCCCUUCUUUCAUUGACAAACAAUAUUAAAACAUUUACUUACACCUAUACAUAUACAAAUCUUCAUCCAUUGCCACACACAGAGCUGAUGGAGGCAACUGAUCCAGAUCAUAUAGUGAUUGUUGGAGCUGGCAUUGCUGGCCUCACCGCGGCCCUUGGUCUCCACAGGUUGGGAGUCAGAAGUUUGGUGUUAGAGUCGUCUGACCGGUUGAGGACCACUGGGUUCGCGUUAGCGAUAUGGCCGAACGCUUGGAAGGCUUUGGAUGCUCUCGGCAUCGGAGACUCGCUUCGUCGGGACCACAGUUUGCUUCUUGGGUUGAAGACAAUUUCCGCAAUUUCAGGACUGCAGACUACCCAGAGACAAUUCAGUGUCGAAGGAAGAGCACAAGAGGAGUUUGAGGUGAGGUGCGUGCAGAGGAAGAAUUUGCUAGAAACUCUCGAGAGGGAGCUCCCCAAAGGCACCAUAAGGUAUUCCUCGAAGGUGGUCUCCAUCGAGGAGUCGGGACCCCUGAAGCUGGUCCACCUCGCCGAUGGGUCUGUCCUCAAGGCCAAGGUGUUGAUUGGGAGCGACGGAGUGAACUCAGCUGUGGCGAAAUGGCUCGGGCUCAAGAGCCCAGCUUUUUCAUGCAGGGCAGCGAUCAGGGGCUUCUUGAACUACAACCGAGCCCACGGGUUAGAGCCUAGAAUCACACUGUGCUUUGGGAAAGGAGUGAGGUUCGGUGUCAUCCCCUAUGAUGAUACAUCUGUAUAUUGGUUCUUCACUUGGUCUCCUUCUCCACAAGAAAAGGAGAUCGAGGAUGAUCCCGUGAAGAUGAAGCAGUUCAUGCUGAGCAGGCUUGGGAAUGUCCCGGAUCAAGUGAGGGAAGUGUACGAAAGGACUGCACUCGAGAACAUGAUAAUGUCUGCGCUGAGGUACAGGCACCCGUGGGAGUUGGCAUGGGGAAACAUAAGCAAGGGCAAUGUCUGUGUAGCAGGGGAUGCAUUCCACCCGAUGACCCCUGAUCUCGGGCAGGGAGGCUGCUCUGCCCUUGAAGACGGGGUCGUCUUGGCAAGAUGUCUCGGUCAAGCCCUGGGAAACAACAACGAUGACAGCAAAGGGAGCAUGGAACAAGAGAGGGAGAGGAUUGAGAUGGGUCUGAAGAACUAUGCCAGGGAGAGGAGGUGGAGGGGAGUCAAGCUCGUAUCUACAGCGUUCAUGGUGGGUUACAUUCAGCAGGGCAACGGGAAGGUGCUGACUUUCCUGAGGGAUCGAGUUUUGGCCACCUUUUUAGCCGGAAGGCUCAUGGAUUUUGCUAGUUUCGACUGUGGAAAGCUGAGCAGUUCUUAGAUUUUGCAAUUUCCCGUUUGCGUAAUUUAACAUGUUUCUGUAAUGAAUGAAACAUUGCAGCAUUUCUCUAUUAAUCAACAGAAUGCAGAUCAUCCCUGCAGAUAAACCUGACUAUCCAGACCCUAUAACCGAACAGGAAACUCAAGACUAGCUAGCGCAGAAGCAUACUGGACAAUUCUCGCGUCUUCAACAGAAUGCAUAUGAAUGAAUCUCCUCUCUUCAGGACAAUUAAGAUUAUCAUGAAAAGUACACCCAUGAGAAAAAUGCGAGGACAACCAUCCGAGCAUUGCUGGUGGUCUCCUCAGCAGUUGCUGCUCCUCUCAUGCAGUGGACUGUUCCUUCACUUGCUCGACUUCCUUUCACAGGCCUUCAGGUCCGUUCUGCAGUGGUUGCUGCAGUUAAUUCAAUCGGUGUCCCGAGCGAAUGCUUAUUGUUGAAGAACAUGUUCGAUCCAAGUUUAGAGGUUUGGCUUAUUAAGAUGGUUUGCUGGGCGUAAUCUCGUCUUUCCUGAGGUUUUAUGCUCCGCGUAUUUAGCAAUCUAUUCUUAAUUGCUUGAUCAUGAUAUUCAUAAUGAUGUCUUUGAAUUGGAGCAGGUUCCCAACCAAAUUCCCCAAGAGCAGCAGGUUAGCUCAAUGCCUAUCGAAACACGAAACACCAACCAGAUAUCCCCCGAGGAUUUGUCAUUGUCUUUUUUUUGGCCCUGAGGAUUUCGCGAAUUAUGUACUAUACUUAUUUUAACUUGGAUUAUGGACAAUUAAUAAGGGAAAUAGAAUCUUGAUUGGCGUU